AAAAUGGCCAUGUGAUGAAAACAAUCUAAAAAUGUAAAUGACAUCGAAACAUCUCCAGAAACAUGGACUUCGCAAGCUUCCUGAGGCAAUUGCUAAUUGUUUGCGAAUCCUGUACAAAUGGCGGAGACGAAGACACUACAAAGUAUUUUUGUAGGGAGUUUGAAAGGGUUGUAUCAACCUUUCUUGCAAAUGAUGGUGGCAACUUCAGUAUAAGACUCCAAACCCUGCAAGCAGUGUUGAAUGCAUACAAAGAGACCAGGCCAUUUUUUGAUUAUGUAUCAGCAGUAGACUCUCUCAGCACAUACCUAGUCUUGGAAUGUGCUGAGACAAUGCUUGGUUUGCCAUGGCACAACAUGCCUGAUGAAACUCCAGAGAAAGCAGAGUUGAUACAUAUGAUCCACAGCAUGGAGGACCUCAGUAUUGCCUUUAGAGAUUUACACAAGUUUGCAAUUCUGAAGGACCUGAUUGAUGGGCCAUGGUCAAAUCUGACUUUGGUCAUGUUGAUGACUGAUGAUAAGAGACUGGUGAUAGACCAAGGUACGGAUUACAUCAAGGAGCACAAUCCUGAUGUGAUGAAACUUCGCUUGAAGAUCCUUGUAAGAGAACACUGUUCCAAAUAUGCCAUCAACCUGAGUGGCUGGUGCCUCAGGAACCAAAUCUAUGCACAAGACUACACUAUACGAGAGAUGCAACUGAAGCUACUCUAUGAAGAGGACAUUGAAUUAUUUCACUGUGAGAGCUGGAAUGUCAGCUGCCACAUGGGCUUGAAGAUUGUGCACAGUUUAAUGAAGGAUAAAGAAGAUCCUGCAAUGUGUCUGCACUUUGCACAGACAUUCCUUGUCCAGGACUGGUUGCGACCAAAACUAUACUGCUGUACAAAGGAGCUACUCCAUGCAUGGGUUCCACUUCAAUACAAGCUGUCUGAGAAUGAAGCAAAGUUUAUGCAGGACAUUUCAAAAGUAGUCGAAAAGUCAGUUAACACCAUGCAGAUCAUGUAUCUAGUUGAUGUCAUGUGCAAAGAGUUUGGUGACAAAUUCCUUCAGUUCAAUACAGAGUUGUGUCUCCUGGCACUGAAAAUAGAGACUGGUCAUGUUGAGAGGGCAUAUGCCACUAAUGACUGUCAUGGUCUAGAUAAUGCCGCAAAUGCUCUAACAUUCACCUGUCACAUCAUGUCUUGUCUAUACAGAGACAGCAACCUGAAGAUGCGUCAAGUCUGCUCAUUAACUGCCCUGUCUCUAGAUCCCUCUGAGGAUCUCUACUUCCUCGUUGAGGCUUUGUUUAAUAUCGUAGAAGACACUGAUAAUCUGGACCUGGCAAAUAAACAGGUCGUCAAUAACAGUAUCAAUGCAUUCAAGCAGUUCCUUAGCAAACAUGAGGACAAUGACCAACAUGGAGAUGUAAAGGAACAAAAGAAUGCUGACAAUAGUGACAAAUCAAGUGAUGUUUCAAUUCACCAAUCAGAGGAAUCUGCCGAUCAUAAGGCAGAUAAUACUCCGAAUGACAAAUCAGAUGACUUACAUCGAGGUAAAUCACCCAAAGACAACGAACAUAGAAAAGAAAAGCAUGCUCAAGCUAUUCCAAAUAGAACUGAUAUGAAUAAUAAUAAAGGGAAGAAGAAAGGAAAAGGUGAAGAGGAGAAUAACUCAAAAAAGGAGUUUUCUCGUAGUUUUGAAUCAGUAUUCAAGAAAUUUGCAGGUGUAACAGAUACAAAAGUUCCCGAAGAAAAGAAAACUGACCCUGAACCCAAAUCAUCAGUUCAACCUGAAUCCUCUGUACCUAAAAAUGGGCAAGUAGGUGGAGGAUUCAUGAAAAACUUCCAUGAGUUCAUUCGCCAAAACACUGCAAGAAAGCAGUCAUGCUGGCUGAGCAAAACUAAAGAAAGUGAUUUGUCUAAGUCAUACUUAAAGACACCAUCAAGCAUGGGGGCAACUCCACCUGAAUCUGAUGAGGAUAUACAAGGGGAAUACCAUAUUGUAGUGAAGGGUAUUAAUCCAGAGACCAUAAGUGAAAUACUUCGUAUUUUAGCAAGCAUUCGAGCAAAAACUCUAGAUCCAAGUCUACCAUGGGAAAAGCUCAAGCAUCGUAUUCUACGACAUCUUUGGGUGAAUGGAUACCACUUUGAUGUGCACAAGAAUGAUUUUUUCUCUGGUACAUCUGCAGUAGUUCAGGUUAAACCUAUAAGUCAGAGUGUACUUGACAGCAUUACUGAGACUGAAUUGCAGAGUGAAUCAAACAGCCCUGUAAAGAGCAGUAGUCCAAUUAGGGUCAGUAGUCCAGAAAAGGGAAACUAUUCUUCAAGGAACAAUAGUCCUAUAAAGCUAAACAGUCCUAUGAAAGGCAACAGUCCCAUAAAGUUCAAUAAAUUACAGAAUCAUUCAGUUCAACAAUCCAAAGAAAGUUCUAGUCCAGGUCGUAGACCAAAAUUCAAGGGUAUUAAACAAAAGACUUCACAGAGUGAAAUUGAAAGUAUUACUGAAAAAUCUCAACAUCAAGACAAUGUAGACAAAAGGCCAUCGAUUAUCCAUGACAGUCCGGUGCGGAAUUGUUUUGAUGCCCUCAAAAACAUAGAUUUUACAUCAGCAUAUGAGCAUCACUUAACAGAAAGCCAUCCUAAUGCAAACAUCCUAAAUGACAAAGACUCUUCCAGAGACGGACAACCCCCAUCGCCUUCCCAAAGUCCACCCCUCUUAUCACCCUUUGACAAUUCCACAGAAGGGGACCAUAGUUAUAGUAUAAGACAAAAAUCCAAUGGUUCUACUGAAUCUCAGUCCUUCAAGAACACAAUGAACGAUAGUGUAAAAAGGAUUAAAAUUUCACCUAGGAGACAAACAUGUCCCGUUUUCUGUAAUGACGAUGAUGAAGUGGCUCUGUCUAAGAUACAAACUGCGAUAAGAAUCAACAAGAUGGAAGCGAAACUCAUCACCAAGCAUGCCAUCGAGAACAAGUCAUCCACAGGGUCUUCUACCAGUCAGUCAGAUGAUGACAACUUGGAGUGGAAUGCCCAGGUCACCACAGUUGCACCUCUUAAACCUCCCUCAGCAAACAAGGGAGAGUCAGACUCAUCUUUGGAGCUAGAUGACCUUCAGGAGCAACCUGUCAAAAGAAAUCACAACUCUAACUAUAAACUUAGAGAGAACAAGAAAAAACGAAGUUAUGCUGAGAUUGAUAGGGCAGAUCUUGUUGACUUAGACAUCCAUGUUGAGUCAAAUUGAGUAUAUUAAGACAACAUGUGAUAUGGUUUGAUCUACUACAAUGUAGGAGGUCAUAAGGCUGCAAUAUAAGUGUCCAUGUAUGGUUUAGAUGUACAAGACAUAAAGUAAAGAUGCAUUGAAGAUAAAGAAGCGUUGAACAGCUGAUGCAUAACUUGUGCAUACUAAUAUUGGAGCCAUAACUUGGUGCAUGUACAUGAUAAUGUUGGAGCCAUACCUUGGUGUAUGUACAUGUUAAUAUUGGAG